CUCUUCUGCCUCCCUCUGCCUUCCUCUGCCUCUGCUUGUUGGCUUAGCUCCUCAAUCUCUGAUGGCAAAGCCUAAUCUUUUUCCAUUCUCAAUGUAUUCAUUGAAUCUUUUCUAAGUUUGUAUUUCUUUCUGAUCUGGGUUUACAAUAUUUAUCAGUCAGAUCAAACUUCUAACCAUUUAUACUAGUUUUGGCUGCUUUACUUCUAUUAUUGUUGGUACAUUGAUUGAUACCAAGAAACCCCUCUGAUUGUUGGGUUUUUGUUAGUUUCUUGAUCGGUGUCAUCAGAUUCUGAGAAAUGGGUUUUUGGCUGAAGGUACAAAUGGUGGCUGUUUUUACUUUCUAUUGAGAUCUUUUUAUCAAUCUUUUGAGUUUUCAAUCCACGGAGUGUUGUGAUAAUGGGUAAAGGUAAAGGAAAGGGAAAGAAACAGGCUAGUAAUUCUGUUCGCGAGGAUCCUGGAAGUGGUGAGGAAAAGAUACCGGUUAGGAGAAGAGGAAGGCCAACUAAACCACUGAAGAAUGAAAUCGAGGAAGAAGAAGAAGCUGAGAAGAUAGAAGAAGGAGAAGAGAAUGGUGAACAUACAAAAAGUUCCAUCUCUAAUAAAGCUAUCAAAAAUGAAGCUGCUCACGAGAAUGGCCGGAAGAGGAAGAGGCCUUCACAGGUUAAGGAAAAUGGAGAUUCAGUCAAGGAUGAAAAUGGUGUGGGCAGCAAAACAGACGCCAAAGAUUCAAUCAAGUCUGUUGGCCACAGACAAAAUGGGAGCAGGCGGAAAAACAAGCCUCGAAGGGCUGCUGAAGUUGGCGUUGAGUGCAGAUGAAUUUUGGGCUUGAGUCAAGUGGUGAGAUAAUGCAUCGAUAGUGUCCAGUUGACCCUUGGACAUGUACGCCUUUAAUGCCAGACUCUUUCUGCACGUUGACAAGUCAAGUUGCUCUAAUGCUUCAUCAGGAGGUCCAAGAUUGAUGGAAGUUCACUUGGAGAUGUCGAUGCUGCCAGUUUUCUUUUCCUUUCUCAAAAUUUGGAAUGGUGUGAGUAGGGUUUGUUAUUUAUGCAACUGUAUUUUUCUAUAAUUGGCCAUGCUUGCUAUAGGGACAAAAAUUGCUGAUAUGUGUACAUCAAGG